AUGGCCCUCGCGCGGGUCACCCGUGGCCCGGCUGAAGCGCGCUCUCGCGCGCGCCGCGAAACGCUCUUGACCUUGGAGCGACUGAGCUGCGUGGAACAAGAGCACAGACGGGCGCCUGGGACGUGCAGCUGGACCCGGCGGAUUCGGCAUCGCUCGCUGGACCACGGGACCCCCAUGGAGGUUGGCGUCCAAGCAGAGCAGCCCAUGGAGGAUGGCGUCCGAGAGCAACCGCCGCUUACGCUCGUGCUCAGCGCCAGACUGGCCAUGGCGGCCCGAGCCUCGAGGCCCUCCCGGGCGAUGAUGCUGCAGUCAGGUGUGCCCGAAGACUAUGUGGAUGCCUUGCUGGAUGACAACUAUAUGGCACAGCUGAUAGCCGCAACGGCCAAGCAGCACCGGAAGAGAGAAAAGCAGCGAGAUCGACAAGCUCGUUUGCAGAAGGUCAUCCUGGUUUUCCUCCUCUGCCAGGCCGUGCUCGGCGUGGUGGUGGCACUCUACAAGACCUUCCUUCAGCCGGACAAGGUCAUUAGUGCCUUUGUGAACAUGGAGAACAUCGACAUGGUGUUGAUGAUGGACACCUCCAACCACAUGAAAGAACGUAGAGAGCAGCAGCGGAAUGUUGUUCUGCACUUCUCCAAGGACAUGCAUGAGGCCAUGGCACGGCAACGGGACGACACGCUGGAAGCGAAUGUGCAGCGAGUGGAGGAGCUGAAGCACAACCAGACCACCAGGUUCAGCAGAUUCCUCAGCUUCUUCUUCAACACCAACAAGCCGCAGGAUCACACCGGCCUAUCGGGUGGCAGGCUCCGCUUUGCCACCGGCAUCUUCAAUAGGAAGAGCCAGACGCUGCAUGACUUUACAAAUAACCUCACGCUUCAGGACGAGGCCUUGCGCCAAGUGACCGCGGAGCACUACGAGUCCUUCACCCACCUCAAUCAGGCCAUGCAGCGCUGCGUCGAGACCUUUCGAGAGGCCAACAAGCCCAACACCAAGAAGUACUGUGUUUUGAUUGGCGACAACGAGGCAAUGUGCCAGAAGCCGAAAAGCAAGAAGGUGGAGGAGUUUGCCAAGCUGCCGCAGUUCGCACACCUCUUUCCAGAUGACCUGCUGGAGGUGGGUGCGGCCAUCGAAUACGCUUACGAGUUUGAAAGCUGCAAGGAUUUCGUGGCCACCGACUUUGGCGACAUCAAGCUCAUCAUGAUGUUCACCGUUUCGUCCAAGGAGGAUGAGCAAAUGCGUCUGAGGAACCCUACCUUCCGGAACUUCGUCCAGAACACCACGGAUUGCGAGUUCGACACUGUUUCUCACAUCGAGACCAAGGGGGAUUUUCAGGCCACCGUCAUGGAGUACAAGGCCAAGGCAGAGACCUGUGUUCGCUUCAUCUUGGGCCGUGGCUUGGAUGACGUGUUGCAGAAGUCCCAGUCCAUCGUGCAGCUUCUGCAGGCAUCUGCCACGGAUUUCGAGACUCCCAAUAUGCAGAAGGACAAUCGCUAUUUGGCCUUCCUGAUGAUGCCACUGAACCUUGCCUUCUAUCUUGGUGCGUCGGCCAUUGCUCGCUGGUACGAAUCAGUUCGCAACAAGGCCGCUCGGGUCAUGGGCAAGAAAAAGAAGAUGAUCAAAGUUACAAAGACUCUGGUGGAGAAGACUCGCAGGAAAUCCGUGGUGGACCGCUUUGCAGCGCUGCAUUCAGACAUCGAAUUGGCCGAGGUGAAGAAGCGAUUGCAGCCUCUGGUCAAGCUGAAUGCCCCCAUGACGGUGAGGGCACGCCUGAAGGGUGGCUGCUUACGACACAACGCGCCGCAGGGUGUGGCAGACGGCAAUGGCACACCCUUCGACCCGAGCGCGUUCUGGACCUUCGAGCCAGUCGUGGCCACGGAAGACCAGAGCCCAGAUGUGACCAUGGAGGCGCGGCAAAAGGUCCUCAUCAAGAACAACAAGGGCGAGGUGCUGUGUCUGACGGAGGGCGGCGACACCAGGUUUUUGCCUGCUUCAGAGGCGGGCAGCCUGUCGCACUUCGUGCUGGGCGCCACGACUGGAGAGGACGAGGCUGCCAAGCUGGGCGAGACGCUGCGAAUCCAGUCGGCAGCAACCGGCAAGUACCUCCGGGUCAACAAAGAUGGCACCUGUGAUGGCAACGGCAAUGCCAAAGAGACGGAGACGCAGUUCGUCAUCGACCAGGGUGGCCCGCCCGUGACGUCAGGCGGCAUUUUCUCCUUCCGCGUGGAGGCGACGGACAACGCCUGUCUUCAUGGAAAUCCCAACGGUUCAGUGCAGGUGGCCGCGCCGGGCACCUGGUCUUACUGGAUGGUGGAGAAAACCGGCAGCACACACAGUAGCAGCUCCUCCAGCGAUGCGAAGGUGGAUGCCUGGGAUUCCCAGCACCUGAGAAUCGGCGACGUGGUCACCGUGAAGGCCAUGAACAACCAGUUCCUCCAGGUGGAUCCAGGAAGCCGAGUCUGCCACGCGGGAGACCCCACCGCCGAACUCACUAGUGCGGUGCCGGAGAGCACGCCGAGCAGUAGCAGCGCUUCGGGGGUGCAAGAGUUUGUCAUUGCGCGUGUGGGCAUGGGACCCGUCGCUCUCAACGACCUCACCAUCCGAAAGGGCGCCAACAUUUGCCUGAAGCCCUACAGCAGGACAGGAGAAGCUGACGAUCUGAACUACCUCAAGGUCAACAUGAGCGGGGCCAUCACCGCGGACGGCAAAGCAACGGAGCGGGAGAUUGGCUUUGUCAUGGAGAGCGGCUCGGUGAACCAGAUGCUGUCGCCGCUGGGGAACGCCCUCCACCAGGGCGACGUGGAUCUCCUGGUGGCCCCCUUGUGGAAUAAGUCAGAUGUCAAGCACUACGAUGCGCUUUCUUCCAGUUGGACUCAUGACGAGGAGCUGUCCAAGUUCAAGGGAGCUGUGGUCGUGGCCAACGAGCAGGGGGGCUACACGGUGCCGAAGGCCGCAGGUGAGGGGAACCAGGAGUGGGUUGCGGUGGUAAACGAAGGUGUGGACCUUCGCAAGGCUGCGGCCCAGGCCAAGAAGCAGGGCGCCACAGGUCUCAUCAUCCGCUGCGAGCAGGCGCUCUCUUUGGAGAAGCUGGCGGCAAGUGCUGAGGACGAUGUGCCGCCGGAGCUGCCGGCGGUCUUUGUCACCCAAAAGGUGGGUGAGGCCCUGAAAGAGCGAGGCAUUGUCCUCAAGGGCUGUGAGUUCAAGAAGAAGUACAUGACGGAGGUCAUGCGCACCCUGGGCCGGCUUGGAGCGCCAGGUGGCGGCUCCGAGAAGUACAAGAACGUGUUCCAGGCAGUGGGAAAUGCCAUCAUCAACGAGGAGAAGGAGAAAGCAAAGGCUCCAAAGCCCAUGCAGAAGGUUGCCGUCGUGGCCAACGCGCAAGAUGGGGCGCAGGGCAAGUUCAAGUGGAAGGUGAAUACAAACACGCAGUACAUCUGGUCAGGCUCUGGCGGAGGUGCCACCACCAUGCAGGUGAACUACGGUGUGAAGGCCCCACCCUCCGCGAUGAAGCAGAAGAUCGUGGAGGGCCAUGAUGGUCAGGAAACGACCCACGUGGAUGCAUCAGCGGACAUUGUUCCUGAGAUCAGCACUCACGAUCUUAUGGGGCGCCGGUCCGUGGUCGGCAGCGCUCUGGUGCCUGCGGCGGACUUCAAGGCUCACUGCCUGGCGGAGGAGCUUUCCGAGGUCUUGCUGGAGGACGCGACGUCUGCGCAAGCCCAGGCCACAGAGCAGCUGUCUGAUGAGAGCGAUUUCAUGAUCGAGUACACUUUCGCAGAGGUCGACGUGCCGGUUACGAAGGAGAACCAGGACCCCAACGAUUUGGACGAGGAUGAGGAAGUCAUGGAAGAGGGCACAGCGGUGAGCAGAGUAGGCGUGCCGCGGCGGUACUUCUGGAUUGUGGCCGCCUUCCUGGUGUUGUCCACCACGGCUCUGGUGUGGCUACUGCACGCGAACCUGUCCUCCGAAAUCCAGCUUCCAGACGAGUUCCGGAAGCAUACGGACAUGGAGGAGGAGGUGAUGUUCACCGGUGGUCCUGGCCUUUUUGCACCCAUCCGGUUUCUGAGAGAAAGCUGGUGAGUCGUAGAAGAGUGGUUGAGCGAUGUCUUGUGCCGAAGCCCUUCCUUCAAAAGGAGCGCAUCCGGAGCAUGCAUGUUGUUGCCCAUGCC